ACCCUGCAGGAAUAUUUGAACUGGUGCAGGUUGUUGGAAAUGGGACAUAUGGACAAGUCUAUAAGGGUCGCCAUGUUAAGACUGGGCAGCUAGCAGCAAUCAAAGUGAUGAAUGUUACGGAGAAUGAAGAGGAGGAAAUCAAGCUAGAGAUAAAUAUGCUAAAAAAGUACUCCCAUCACCGGAAUAUUGCUACGUAUUAUGGUGCAUUUGUAAAGAAAAGUCCUGCAGGCCAAGACGAUCAGCUCUGGUUGGUGAUGGAGUACUGUGGUGCAGGUUCUGUCACUGACCUGGUAAAGAAGACAAAAGGGAACUGUUUCAAAGAAGACUGGAUUGCGUACAUCUGCAGAGAGGUUCUCAGGGGCUUGGCACAUCUUCAUGCUCACCAUGUCAUCCAUCGAGAUAUUAAAGGACAGAAUGUUCUUCUCACAGAAAAUGCAGAAGUAAAACUGGUGGAUUUUGGUGUGAGCGCUCAACUGGAUAGAACUAUUGGGAGAAGAAACACAUUUAUUGGCACACCGUAUUGGAUGGCACCUGAGGUCAUUGCUUGCGAGGAGAACCCAGACUCUACGUAUGAUUACAGAAGUGACUUAUGGUCUCUGGGAAUCACUGCUAUUGAAAUGGCCGAAGGAGCUCCUCCCCUGUGUGACAUGCACCCCAUGAGAGCGCUCUUCCUCAUCCCACGGAACCCACCCCCAAAGUUGAAAUCCAGAAAAUGGUCAAAGAAAUUCCUAAACUUUGUUGAAAGCUGCCUUGUAAAAAAUUAUUUGCAUCGCCCAUCCACUGAAACCUUGUUGAAGCAUUCUUUCAUCCGAGACAUGCAGAAUGAACGGCAAGUGCGCAUCAUGCUGAAAGACCACCUGGACAGGACCAGGAAGAAAAAAGGAGAAAAGGAAGAAACGGACUAUGAUUACAGUGGAAGUGAGGAGGAAGAUGAUGAGCUGAAUGAAGAUGAAGGAGAACCAAGCUCCAUAGUUAAUCUCCCAGGGGAGUCAACUCUCCGUCGUGAAUUUCUGAGGCUGCAGCAGGAGAACAAAAACCGUUCUGACCCUCAUCGUCAGCAACAGCAGCUGAAGGACCAGGAGAAAUACAAGAAGCAGCUUCUGACAGAACGGCAGAAACGGAUUGAGCAGCAGAAAGAGCAGAGGAGGAGGCUGGAGGAUCAUCAGAGGCGAGAGCAGGAGCUACGAAGGCAGCAGGAGUGUGAGCAGAGGUGGCCAGAGGCUAAAGCUGUUCAGAGGAUAGAAGAGAGGUGUAAAGAAGACAAAAGGGCUGUGGAAGAUGAACGGUUCAUAGUAGAUGGACAGAGGAAAUCAGAAAAGAAGCAGAAGGUGGAAGAUGUGCAGCACAACAGGAAGGUGCAUCGAACUCUCCCUAAAGAUCAGACACAGCUGCUGUCUCUCCAGCAUGACCACAAGCAGAAGAAGAAGGAGCCUUCCAAGAGUUCAAAUUCAGCAGUACAUCCUCUGUCAAGCAGCACAAGCAAAGAGGCCGAGGAUCAAAAAAAGAAAAAUGACAGCAUCCAGCCUUCCCUCCAGUGGCCAGCGGUGCUGGGGCACGAAGCCAUGCCACACGCCAGGAUGGGAUCUGGCAGCAGUUCCAGCCCCUGCACCCCCGCGCCGCAGAGAGCCAUGUUAGUACAGUGUGAAAAUUUCCGGGCUAGUAAGGAUGUGUACCACAGCAGUUCACUGUCAGAUAUGGUGACGACACCACUCAGCCCUGUGCAGGAUGACGUAUUCUGGGGCAUGAGUCAAAACGAAGAACCACCCCCAAAGGUUCCAGAAAGGACAACCUCUAAAUUUUACAGCAGGGAUCAGCCUGGCCAACAGAGAUGCCUUUCAAGUAACACUCAUCAGUCAUCCCCCGGGGGACAUGCUCUGAAGCUGAACAGCGCCAGCAGCACUCCUGGCAACAAGCAGUGGGAGAUGGGAUCUCACCAGAGCAGCUGGUCAACCUCAGGGAAUCCAGGACCGGCCAAGGCAGAGAAUGCUUUGUCCCAGAACCACCUGCAGCUACAUAAGAAGUCUGAAAAAGUUUCUUAUCUCGGCCAGAUUGCAAGUCCAGGCUCCUUUGCCAAGGGGAAGGACAGUGCCAGCUCAUUCUUAAAAGCAGCAGACUACUCCUCAUCAAGUGACGAAGUCAGCAGCAGCGAUGAAGAUGACAUGAACCACACAAGGCAACUGCUAAGCAGCAGAGUGGCAGAUUUCUCAAGGACAAGAGUACCAGAUGGAAUUGAACUGAAACCCCAAAGCACCGUCACAGAACAGAAGGAUCAGAUUUUGGGGAAACAAAUUUCUAGCACCCAAGAAGGCCUCUGGAGCCUAAACAACCAGAACUAUCUCCUGCCAGAUCUCCUCCAGCAAAGUCAAAUUUCAGACUCCUCUGUGAACCCACCAAAAGUGCCACUGACUAGCCAGGAACCUCAGAACAAACCUCUGAAUAAGACCCCGUGCACUGAAAGCACACCUUCAAAGAGCAGUACAUCAUCUACCACAUCAUUUACUUCAUUCAUAGAUCCUAGACUUCUGCCAAUCACCCCUCCCACCAGUCCAGUAGGACCUUCCUGUAGUUCUUCAUCUAGUGCAAAACCUGAGCCUGUCAGGAGAGAAAAUGCAAGGAAGGGCUCCGUUGUCAAUGUCAACCCAACAAAUAUCCGCCCGCAGAGUGACAGUCCAGAAAUCCGUAAAUAUAAGAAGAAAUUCAACUCAGAGGUCCUUUGUGCUGCUUUGUGGGGAGUAAAUUUACUGGUGGGAACAGAGAAUGGAUUGUGGCUGCUGGACCGAAGUGGGCAAGGAAGAGUUUAUUCACUGAUUACAAGGAGACGAUUCCAGCAAAUGGAUGUUCUGGAAGGACUCAAUGUGCUAAUUACUAUAUCAGGGAAGAAGAAUAAGUUGAGGGUGUAUUACUUAUCAUGGCUGAGAAAUAAAAUUUUGCGCAAUGAUCCAGAGGUGGAGAAGCGUCAAGGUUGGGUGUCUGUGGGUGACCUGGAAGGCUGUGUACACUACAAAGUCGUAAAAUAUGAGAGAAUCAAAUUCCUUGUAAUUGCUUUGAAAAACUCAGUGGAGGUUUAUGCUUGGGCUCCAAAGCCUUAUCACAAAUUCAUGGCUUUUAAGUCCUUUACCUCACUUCAUCACAAACCACUGUCGGUUGACCUGACUGUUGAAAAUGGACAAAGAUUAAAAGUCAUAUAUGGUUCGCUAGUAGGUUUUCACGCUAUUGAUGUGGACUCUGGAUCUGUGUAUGACCUGUACCUUCCAACACACAUCCAGGGGACUAUUCGCCCACAUGCCAUUAUAAUCCUCCCGAACACCAGCGGAAUGGAGCUUUUACUCACCUAUGAAGAUGAAGGCAUCUACAUUGAUAUAUAUGGGCAUUUCACAAAGGAGACUGUUUUACAGUGGGGAGAAAUGCCAGCAUCUGUAGCUUAUCUUCAGUCUAAUCAGGUCAUGGGCUGGGGAGAGAAGGCAAUUGAACUACGCUCAGUGGAAACAGGAAAUCUGGAAGGAGUAUUUAUGCACAAGAAAGCACAGAAGCUAAAAUUUCUAUGUGAAAGAAAUGACAAGGUGUUCUUUGCAUCUGUACAGUCAGGAGGCAGCAGUCAAAUAUACUUUAUGACUCUUGGUCAAAAUGUAUUAUUCAACUGGUAAAUCACAUCAAAAUGAAGGAUGCUUUGAAAUUCCCUGUAGGUAGCAGUGUAAAAUGCUCAGAGGUAAUAUACACAAAUUUGCACUUUUUACCUACAAAAAUUUUGUCAAGUUUGGAAAGGAUUCCAUUUUCUUGUCAAAGUAUUGCAAACAUGUUUAGUUUGUCUUCUGAAAUAUGUUGCAAACCAAGUUGUAUUCACAGUGUUAGGAGAGAAGAACGUUAAUGAAGAAUGUAACCAAUAUAAGAAGCUCCUGUACUCUGAAAAGUGUAUGGUUUCAUUUUCACAAAUGAUGUAAUGUUGUUAUCCUUGAACUGAAGUCUCUUUCUUUUUUGGACAACAUCUGUAGGUAGAUAUAAAAACACAAACAAGGUGGGUGACAAGUUGAAAUCUACUUUAUUUUUAAUUGGGUUUUGGCUUGUUUUGCAUUUUAAGCAAGCUGUUACUUUUUCACCAAGACUCACUUGUCCAAGUCUUACAAUCAGUGAAAGAGCAACUGUUCCUGAUGGGGCCCAGCGCAGACUAGGAGGCUUGAGGGACCGUAGUAUCCUGUGUGAGGCAGACAGGAGCAUUUCACUGCAGAGUUGUAAAAGCAGCUACUUCUAGACAUGUGCCCCAUUUGGUAGAUUUUACAAAAUGCAGGGGACAGACUUCAUGUUUCUCUCAGGGCUGGAUGCCUGAGCCCAUAGACACAGUUACUGUAGAAUGUAUUUGUAAAAAUAGUUUAAAGAGUAGUUUUUCAAAAUCAUAGAUGCAUAAAGCAUUAUGGACCUGAACCUGUGACACCUAUUCAGACACAGGACCCAUACUCAUAUGAGUUGAUUUAAAGGCACUACCCCAUGUAUAUAAGGGCACAGGAUCAGGCACUUUCUUUUCUUCCCUUCUUGCUCUUUCAGCAUCAAGUCUUCAUGAAUUUGUGUGUAAAUAUAAUCUUCCCACAAUGGAUGUUAAGAUUAACAAACGUAUUCUUAAUAUAGUUAUGAAAAUAUCCAAAGAGUUAAUCUAUUAUAAAUAGAAAAUAUAAAUAAUUUCAGGUGCUUUCUAUGCUAAUUACAUCUAAAUAAAGCUGCAUCCUCUAGUGUUAUUGGUGCCAGUGUUUCUGCAUAAACUCUGUUCUCAGGGGCUUGUAACUUGGCCAUAAAACUAUACAGAUAUAAUAUAUAUAUAUAUAUAUAUAUAUACACUAUAUAUAAUCAUAUACUAUGAUUAAAUUGUAGAGUUUAACGCAAUCCUCAUUUAGCUGAUUUUUGGAUGUGCUUUGAAAAUGUAAAGCAUCAAAUGUAAUACAGAAGAGCUCAUUCCAGACAUGAUACAGUAUGGAUGGUGCUGUAGGCAAAAGUGAAAUCGCUAGCUACAGUGUUUGAAAAUAGCUAUUUUUUACUUGAAAUAGGUGAUACUGAAAGGUGCAGGGAAAGUAUGUUGGAAUAUCUGGUAGUCUACCUCAAGGAUGACAAUUCAAAGUUGACUAAGAAGGGGAGUAAUAAAGUUGUUAACUGGUAGCUGUUUUGUACAGUACGUCAGGUUAGGUUAGUGUUAGCAGUCAUGCUGUGACUGACAGGUGCUCAGACUGCAACCAUCAGCUCCAGAACUGGUAUCCUUGUGUAUGUCAGCAGAGAAUCAACCUAGGGGCUAAUCACCCUCCCCUACUUCCCUGUGUCAGCACCUCAACUGCUGCAGGCAGAGCAGGGAUGUCUGCACUGUUGCUGUCUAUGUUCUUUGGCUAUACGGAGGACUGCACUUUCCAAAGUUAUUAACCUAGCACUUUUCACAAGCACUAGCUUAUCUCAAAACAUAUAGUGUUUUUUAUGAAGUAUUUUCCUUUUAAAUGUUUUAACUUACAGAAAAAUUAGCCUAAGGCCAUACUAAAAAAUAUAUGCAGUUAAAUACUCAAAGUGGUUCUUAAUGCAUGCAAGUAAUCAGCUUGUGUGCAGGCUUAAAAUCUGAAUGGUGUACUGUGCUCGGGCAGAGCUGUGUGAAAACAGGAGGUCUCUGUCUAUUUGUAGUCACGUUCCUACCUGUUGCCAGUGCCCAGGACUGGGACAAAUGAACAAAACAUGGCUUGGGUCCCUAUGCUACUGAAUGCUGGGCUUGUUUUGUUCAACUUUCACCAAAACAAGAAAACAAAACCCAAACCUGAAACAGAAACAAAAGUUAACAAUUACAGGUAAAAAAUAAUUUGCAGACCAUCAGAAUUACAACUUACUUGCUUUUGACUGUGAAGAAAGUACAGCUUUCAUUUUGUACGCAGUAGGUGUGCAAAACUUGCUUGCAAAACUGCUCAUGCUAUAGGCAGUGAUCCAGGCUGCCCUGUGAUGUUCUUUAAAGUGUGCUUUCUGCAUUACAUGGAUGCAUGUGAAUUUUUUCUCUCCCAUUCUGGCAUCAACAGGUAGGAGGCAGAUUUUUCCUGAUGCUAGGCACUAGUUAAAAAGAAUUCAACAGAGAACAGUGGGAAUUUAGAACAACCUGUACAACAGAUUAAAGAAGCAAAUGUGAUCAGACUUGUUUAAUAUUAUUGUAACAGAAAAGUGUGCCAGUAAGUUGACACUGUGAAGAUGUUCAGCUUCAUACCAAGAGGGAGGAAAAAAGCACAACUUCAAGAGAGGGAAUGUGCACUAUUACACUGAGAUUUUAAUUUUUCAUUCUGUUUCCUAUUAGCUCUCUUUUCUUUGCAACUAUGAUUCAAGGCAAUGGGUUCGAUUUUAUGUGUCACUUUGCAUGUAAAACCAUUGGAAUCAUUGGGGUUACAUCCAUGUGUAAACAUGGAAAGAAUGAGGGCCUCAGAGGUGAAUGUUUUUAAAGGAUUUAGAAGAGCUAUUGCAAAUAGCAAUAGCAACUGGAUGCAACAAGAAGACUGUGACAUUUUAUCAAGAGAAAAAUCACAAUGGUUGAAGAUGAGAAAGAGCCCAGAGACGUUGGCAAGAGUAACAGGAGAGAGUGGAAGUGACUGAAUAGGAGGAAAAAGCUGAAUAAAUAGGAGUAGCCAAAGGGGAGGGAGUGAAUGUCCAGAACUGUGUAUUGCUGUAGGAGGAAUAAAAAAAAAAAAAAGGUUAAGAGAUGUUAAGGAAAAGAAGGUAACCAAAGAAAUGGAAAAGUAUCUAGAGUGACCACGUGGUCUGAACAGUGAAUGAGUGUUCUGAAUAACUGUUUCAGCUCAAAGCAAAAGCUGAAAGGCUGGAAGAAAAAAAAUAAUCCAGAGACCCAAGUUUAUCCUGACAUAAAUUUAACUAUGCAAAAUGUCUAUCAGACUUGUAGUUUCAUUUUGUGAGGUGUUUCUCGAGCUGUACUCUUUCACUGACUUUUGAAACCAAGGAGAAAACUGCUUAUCAAUGUGUUUUUCUAGUAAUGUCACUUUGAUGUGAACAAAUGCUAUAGGGACAGAAGGGCAGAACAUUAAGACUCCAUGUUAGUAAUCCUCUGGUACAUACAGUAGCCUAAUGGCAGGUGGUGCUUCUAAUGUUACAUUUGCCAAACAAGAUUGCACUAACACUGCAGCAAGAUAGUAUGGUAUGUGCCUGCUUUCAUUUUAGGAAUGGUGAACUCUAUUCUGCAGCCUGAACCUUGACACAUGACUUUAAAACCUGGGAACAACGCAAGCUAUGUACUGUACAUUAUGUAUUGUUCUCUAAUGUUGAAAUUGUACAACUGAAACAGUAAUAAAAAAAUACUCUGAAACUAA